ACCCACCCGAAAUUCUCGCACAAGGAUCCAAAUAACUUUUGACAACACGAGGAGCUGAAUACAAAGCCAAAAAACUCAUCACCAGAUUAUCGAUGAAUUACUUUAAAAAUAAAGAUGUCAACCAAGUAUACAUGAAUGCCAAAUAAACCAAAUCUCCUCCAUCGUCAAUCAGCAAAACAAAACAGAAACAGCACAAUAAUAAGUUAGGCAAAAAACUAAGUACUUAUUAAUUUCAAACCUGUGAUUCUUUAAAGAAUAGAAGACAACAAAAAUGAACACAAACGAGCUCUUCAGUAGCUACAAAAUGGAAAAUCUACAACGCACACUUUUGGUCAUAUUCCUGUUUGUGACAAUAAAAUGUCCAAAUGCAUUGUCACAGCUGCUAAUGAAUGGCAUGAAUGAGCCAAAUAUGCAACUGGAUCCAGAUCCAGAAUUUAUUGGAACCAUAAACAAUGUUACGUUCCCAGCGGGUCGGGAGGCUAUACUGGCAUGUUCAGUGAGAAAUUUAGGAAAAAAUAAGGUUGGUUGGCUACGCGCCUCCGAUCAAACCGUUCUGGCCCUGCAAGGGCGUGUGGUGACCCAUAAUGCCCGCAUAAGUGUCAUGCAUGAGGAUAUGCAUACCUGGAAAUUGAAAAUCAGCAAACUGCGAGAAAGUGAUCGUGGUUGCUAUAUGUGUCAAAUCAAUACAAGUCCCAUGAAGAAGCAAGUUGGUUGCAUCGAUGUUCAAGUUCCUCCAGAUAUCAUCAAUGAAGAAUCCUCCUCCGAUUUAGCCGUGCAAGAAGGUGAAGAUGCCACUCUAGUUUGUAAGGCUACUGGCAAUCCAGUACCACGAGUUACAUGGCGCCGUGAAGAUGGUGAAAUGAUUUUACUGCGUAAACCCGGAAGUCGUGAACUCAUGAGAGUAGAAUCAUAUCAAGGACCUGCUUUGAAAUUGGCUCGCUUAGAGCGCCGUCAAAUGGGAGCGUAUUUGUGCAUAGCCUCUAAUGAUGUACCACCAGCGGUUAGCAAAAGAGUCUCGCUAAGUGUGCAGUUUGCUCCCAUGGUUCGAGCCCCAAGUCAAUUACUGGGUACACCCCUUGGGUCUGAUGUUCAACUGGAGUGUCAGGUGGAAGCCUCACCAUCACCCGUCUCAUAUUGGCUUAAAGGUGCACGAACAACCAGCAGUUAUUCUGGUUCCAUUUCGAAUAGCGCUUUGGAAACAGGACAGCCAGGUCCUGAAAUGUUAUUAGAUGGACCCAAAUAUUCUAUAACGGAAAAACGAGAUGGCUAUCGCGGCAUUAUGUUGCUAACUGUGCGCUCAUUUUCACCCUCCGAUGUGGGUACAUAUCAUUGUGUGAGCACAAAUUCCUUGGGUCGAGCGGAGGGAACGCUGAGACUCUAUGAAAUAAAACUACAUCCUGGUAUAGCAACCAUUAAUGAUGAUCAGCUGAAUUUUAUUGGAGGUCUAGAAGAAUCCCGCAAUUCGGCGCUUUCUACAGCGAAACAUCGAAUAUCAUGGCAACACUUAUCACUGCAUCUGGCGAUAACAGCACAGCUCGUAUGCUCACCCCUGUCGAUAAUCCUGAGAUGCUUGAGCUCCUCUUUACGCAUGAGAUGAUGCAAAUCGAACAUUGAGUAAAUUCAAAAGCAAACACACAUCGCAACAUGUAUAAUUGUAUACAUAUAAAAUAAUAGAAACCAAGGAUAUACAUACCCACAUAUACAGACAGCAAACAUACUUACCUACAUACAUACUCAUUCGUACAUAUUGAGAGAAAAAAAGAGAGGAUCGUUAAGAGAUGAACGUAGAGGGAGAAAAAGAAGAAAGCAUAAAAGUAAGGCUUGUUCUUCGCAUACACUGUCAUACAAUAAAUACUCAUGAAUUACGAAUAUAAUUUACAUAAAAAAAAAACAUAAAACAAAAAAUCUAAGAUAAAUGAAUGAAAAAUAAAAAUAAAAACCAAUUACUUAUACAUACACAUCCAUAUACAUAUUAAGCUUAAUUUUUGUGAUUAACGGUGAUAGAGUUGAUUAAAUAAAUAGAAAGCAUGCCCCUCACUUCAGUUUGCCCCCCAUGGCCAUGGCCAGCUUUUUAAACCAUAGCCGGUGAAAUGAAGUGAGAGUGACUUGCUUGAAAUUGCCGUAUGUAUUAUUAAAAUUAAAUUAAAUUAUUAUUAUUAUUAUUA